UGACAUUGACUCCCUUCUCAGCUUCUCCCCUGCGAUAUAGUCACACAGACUCCCUUACCUUAGCCCUAAGCACGACACCAACCGCCGUAGCUCCUCGGUAGCCAACAUCAAAAUUGUGAACUCUGCCCCAGCAAAAUCGCCAACAGGCCUAAAGGUUUGAAGUUCUGGGUUUGAAAUUGGUAAUAAGGCAGCGACAUCCAGUGAAUAAGGAAGAUAAAUGGAACACGGUUCACUCCAUGAUCAAUCCAAUGCUACUUUCUCGUUGACAGACGAGGAUCAUACCCUUGCCAAUGCUCUCAGAUUCACCCUUAACCAAGAUCCCAGAGUGGUAGUUUCCGGGUAUAGCAUUCCACAUCCCUCUGAGGCUCGAGUGAACAUAAGAGUUCAGACUACGGGGGAUCCAGCUAGGGAAGUGUUGAAAGAUUCAUGCCAAGAUCUAUUGUUUAUGUGCAAGCACACUAGGAGCAUCUUUGAUCAAGGUGUUGCAAGUUUCAAGAAUGGAAACGGUUUGAAAGACAAGAAAUUUUAAGGAAUACUUGAUCCAUAGCCACUCUUCACCUCACCUCGGAUUUGCACGAGGAUUGCAAGUAUUUGAGGCUGUCAUGUGUAUCCACUGAUUAUACUCCCUGUUUGUAUUACUUCGCCAAUUUGCCCCUUGUUUCCUUAAACCGAAUCCACAUUGUCUGUCUCACAGUAAAGCUCAAGGUUUUGGUACUCGCCCUUGGUAUUAUUGUUAUUGUUAUUGUUGUUGUAGUCUAUGGAUUUACCAUGCAAUUAAGCUUCUGGGUAAAGAGACCCUUGAUGUAAUACAAUAGGUUGCCUUCAAGUUGAAGAAUCUCAAGUCAAGAGGUUUAUAUAAUUAUAUCAAGUGGCUUGAACUU